AUGCCGGCUCUGCCAGCACUACUGCUGUCGAUUUAUGUCGUCGUCCUGCUGCUGACUAUGGCACCGCUCUCCUUCAGCCAGGCCAACACCCUCUCUGCCGUCCGGAUGGCUGCCAUUUUGGAUGACCAGUCUUCAUGUGGUCGUGGCGAGCGUCUGGCGCUGGCUCUGGCGAGGGAGAACAUCAACAAUCAGAUGGAGGGUUCCUCCCAAGCAAAAGUGGAGGUGGAUGUUUAUGAGCUUCAGAAGGAUUCCCAGUUUGAUACUACUGAUACCAUGUGUCAGAUCCUGCCAAAAGGUGUGGUUUCAGUGAUCGGUCCAGCGUCUAGCCCUGCGUCUGGGUCAACCAUCAGUCACAUCUGUGGUGAAAAGGAGAUCCCUCAUGUGAAGAUUGGUCCAGAGGAAACCCCGAAGUUGCCGUACCUUCGCUUCGCUUCAGUGACGCUCUACCCGAGUAAUGAGGACCUAAGCCUGGCCAUCGGAUCCAUCCUGCGCUCCUUCAGCUACCCGACGGCCAGCCUCAUCUGUGCCAAAGCUGAGUGCCUGCUUCGAUUAGAGGAACUGGUCCGACACUUCCUCAUCUCCAGGGAGACGCUGUCAGUGCGGAUGCUGGAUGACAGCUUGGAUCCCACCCCUUUGCUGAAGGAGAUCCGUGAUGACAAAGUGGCUACAAUCAUCAUUGAUGCCAAUGCUUCAAUAUCCUACCACAUCCUCCGGAAGGCAAAUGAGCUGGGGAUGACAUCAGCCUUCUAUAAAUAUAUUCUCACCACCAUGGAUUUCCCUCUUCUCCAGCUAGAUGAUGUGGUGGGUGAUCAGUCCAACAUUUUGGGCUUCUCCAUGCUGAACCGAAGCCAUCCUUUCUACCUGGAGUUUAUCAGGAGUCUAAACCUGUCUUGGAGGGAAGGCUGUGACAUCAGCCCAUACCCAGGACCGGCGCUGUCAUCAGCUUUGAUGUUUGAUGCUGUUCAUGUUGUGGUGAACGCCGUGCGGGAGCUGAACCGGAGUCAGGAGAUUGGGGUAAAGCCCUUGAGCUGCACCUCCCCGCUUAUCUGGCAGCACGGAACCAGCCUCAUGAACUACCUACGCAUGGUGGAGUACGACGGUCUGACGGGUCACAUUGAGUUCAACAGCAAAGGACAGAGGACCAAUUACACACUGAAGAUCUUGGAGAAACACCCUACAGGCCAUAAAGAGAUUGGAAUUUGGUAUUCCAACAACACUUUGGCCAUGAACUCAACUUCCCUGGACCUGAAUGCAUCAGAGACACUAGCGAACAAGUCGCUAAUCGUCACCACAAUACUGGAAAAUCCAUAUGUGAUGCGCAAGUCCAACUACCAGGACUUCCAGGGGAACGAUCAGUAUGAAGGUUUCUGUGUGGACAUGCUGCGAGAGCUGGCAGACAUACUGAAGUUCUCCUUCAAGAUCAAGCUGGUGGAUGAUGGCCUUUACGGAGCGCCAGAGCCCAAUGGCAGCUGGACGGGAAUGGUAGGAGAACUGAUCAACCGGAAAGCGGAUCUGGCAGCUGCCGGCUUCACCAUCACCUCUGAGAGAGAGAAGGUGAUUGAUUUCUCCAAACCCUUCAUGACUCUGGGGAUCAGCAUCCUGUACCGGGUCCAUCUGGGUCGUAAACCAGGUUAUUUCUCCUUUCUGGACCCGUUCUCUCCGGCCGUCUGGCUCUUCAUGCUAUUGGCUUACCUCGCCGUCAGCUGCGUCCUCUUUCUCGCUGCCAGGCUCAGCCCUUACGAGUGGUAUAACCCUCACCCAUGUUUGCGGGAGCGGCGGGACAUCCUGGAAAACCAGUACACACUGGGUAAUAGUUUGUGGUUCCCCGUGGGCGGCUUCAUGCAGCAAGGCUCAGAGAUCAUGCCUCGAGCGCUGUCCACCCGCUGUGUCAGCGGAGUCUGGUGGGCGUUCACACUCAUUAUCAUCUCGUCGUACACAGCCAAUCUAGCGGCAUUUCUCACUGUCCAGAGGAUGGAGGUGCCCAUUGAGUCGCCAGAUGACCUGGCCGACCAAACCAACAUCCAGUAUGGCACCAUUCAUGGAGGAUCCACCAUGACCUUCUUCAUGAACUCACGGUAUCAGACCUACCAGCGGAUGUGGAACUACAUGAACUCCAAGCAGCCCAGCGUGUUUGUGAAGAGCACAGAGGAAGGCAUUGCCCGAGUCAUUAACUCUAAAUAUGCCUUUCUGAUGGAGAGCACCAUGAACGAGUACUACCGCAGCCUCAACUGCAACCUUACGCAGAUCGGAGGUCUUCUUGACACCAAAGGAUAUGGCAUUGGCAUGCCCCUGGGCUCUCCGUACAGAGAUGAGAUCACUUUGGGAAUCUUACAGCUGCAGGAGAGCAACAGACUGGAGAUCCUGAAGAGACGCUGGUGGGAGGGAGGACAAUGUCCCAAAGAGGAGGAUCACAGAGCCAAAGGUCUUGGCAUGGAGAACAUUGGAGGGAUCUUUGUGGUCCUAAUUUGUGGCCUCAUCAUUGCUGUCUUUGUGGCCAUUAUGGAGUUUGUGUGGUCAACACGCCGAACCGCAGAGACAGACGAGGUAAACCUUCAUCCUCUCUUGUCUUCCUCCUCCUGCCGUGCCUCUGACUUCAACCAUAGCUCAGUCUCUGUUUGUCAGGAGAUGCUGACAGAAUUUCGAAAUGCUGUCUCUUGUAAGAAAAAUUCACGGUCUCGCCGGCGUCGCCCCCUGAGCAGCACUGGGGGAGGAGUCCUACGUCAUCCGUCCCGCCUGGCUUUGGCUGGUCCUCGUCCCAUCCGCCUAGUCAGAGAGAUGCGUCUCAGCAAUGGGAAACUCUACAGCGGCGCCGGCCCACUGACUGGAGGCUUGGCAGGGCUUGGAGGAGGUAUGGGAGGAGGACCUGAUUUAGGCCCAGGGCCGCAGAGGCUCCUGGAGGACCCAUUAGGUGCCAAUAUCACCACCAACACUCCUCCUCCGCCCCCUCCAGCAUCAGCCAUACUGGCUCCGCCUGCCCCGUUACGCAGCUUCCUUCAGAGCUGCAGCCAUGUGCGUAUCUGCCAGGAGUGCCGGCGAAUCCAAAGCCUGCGACCAUCCACGCUCACCCCUCCCCCACCUCCUCCCCCUUCCUCAUCCUCCUCCGCAUCUUCCUGCUCUCGCAUUCCACCUUCAAUGGCGAUGUCAGGUCACCACCACCGGCAAAUUCCCCACCACCACCACCUCCACUACCACCACGGCUCCAUGUCACUACCCCGUCUCCCACCACCUCCUCCACCAAACCCGUCAGACAGAGCCGACAGUGAUGGAGGGACGGCAAGCCCACUUAGGGCCAAGAACAAACCGGCACCACCACCAAGGCCGCUGCCUCCUGCCAAAACGCCAACACACCCAUCAGACUUACUCGGGGGACACAUCUGAACUUAAAACACUGAUAGAAGGGUCAAAUAUAAAGACUUCACACCUUCAGAAAUUUACUUUGGCCCCACCAACAAAGCUGGAACAGCCCAACUUAGCUUGUAGGCAAGGGUGGAUGGAAGAAACCAUUUUGACCCAUUCGAAGGGUUGUUCAUUCAAAUGUUGCUACUUUUGGCUCUAUGGGUCAUUUUAGUAACUUUUACACAGGAAUGGGUGGAUUUAUGCACUCUAAAAUUGUAUCAGAGAGGAUUAAACAAACAAUAUAUUUUGGAUUAAAACAGCUAAAGUGGUUCUGGGUUUUGUGUUACAGCAGAGGAUUGACAAACAGGAAGUGGCUGAAAGAUUCAGAUUGAGUCCUCCACCUCUUACCUCAGCUAAUCAUCACACUCCAAGCAAAGUGGACUCCGAGAUAAAAACAGACUGAGUCUAUCCACACUCAGAGUUUUACUGUUUAAAGGCUGAACAUGGCGCUUGUGUCAAAGGAGAUCUACAUGCAGACACGUGAUAGCAGAGCAGCUGUACAGUUAUUACAGUCUUCUGUCGCUCUUUUGAACGUUUGUGGAGGAUGUAGCUCUUACCAACACUGUUGCUGUUUGUACAGUCUCAUGCUGACUGGUGCUGUGAUCCACAAAACAGAACAGACACUGUUGCUCACCUGAAGUAUGCAACACUGUGCUGGGGUAGUUCUUUUACAAAAAACUUAUCCAGUCAAGAGUAAUGCACAGUAAGGCAUCUGAAAGUGUAAAAUUGAAAGGGUGGGACAAGAAAAUGAAAGGAGUUCGUUAUUUACAUGGAACAAAAAACAAAGAAAAAAUGUAUUUAUUUUUUUUUUGAGGUUCCUGGUUAGAUCAUUUUAAAACCAGUCAACCAUUUAGAAAUUAGAGUUUUAAAAGAUUUUUAGCUCUUGUUCUUGUUAAGGAAUAGCAUACAGUUAUUGUAAAGGACAAGUUUUGGUAUGUUCCUAUCUUAGCAUAAAGGCAGUGUGCAUCUUCUUUAUAAUGAUUGAUGGUACCAAGAAAUAUGUCAGCAGGUUAAGUCACAGUAAACCACAAGAUGUCAUUUUAACUCUAUUUUUGUAUAGAUUAAACAAGAUGUAACAUUCAGAAGGUGUAACAUCAGAGAGAGCUAAGCUAACCGCUCCACAUCAUGUUAAGCUAAGCUAACAUGCACAAGGUUAAUAAUUAUAAACAUAGACCUAAAAAUAAAAUUCUAUAUUUUUUCAGUUUUAACUAUUUAAACAUUUCAUUGACGCAGAAAGCUGCUAAAAACUGAAGAUGUGCGGCACUGCUUUUAAAUAAAUAAAAUAAAUCCCAUGUAGCCAAAUUUUGGUUCUGUUUUUGGAAUCACAAGGAGUUUCACUUAAAGUUGGGUUUGGAGGUAGUAGAACUCUGACAAAUUUUUUCUCAUUUACAUAUUUACACAAGAUUUGCAUCUUGUAUCAAACUCUUUGUCUUUGUGUGUUUUUGCUUAUAAAGUCUAUUGGACGGUAAUUUUCCUUCAUCUUGGAGCUCUGUUCUUGGUUGCAUGCUAUAGACCGGUGGUCACCAACCCUGGUCCUCAGGAUCUACCAUCCUACAGGUUUUAGUGUUUUCCUGCAGCAACCCACCUGACUUGUGUGCAAUGUGUGCACAUGGUGGCGGCUUUAUAAUAUCAUCAUUCAGUUGUCAAUCCAACACUAAAUUCUAUGUAUCCAUGUUGCUGUAAAGCUUAACAUGGUGCGUCAGGUUAGAGGCAAGGAGCUGCAGUGUUGCUGAGACAAACUUAGAAGAUAUUGUGAAAUGUGAUGUUAUUUUCUCUUAAGGCAACAUUGUGACCAGAAAAUAAAAAUCAUCCAGUCAGUAACAAAACUGAUCAUAUACAGUGAUGUCAAUCAGCAUGAAAAAGAAGAGAACUAUGUCAGAUAUCUUACAAAAAAGAAAAUAAAUUCAUAAAAGUUUAAAGCUAUUUCUUUACCAACUUUUGAUAACUUAUUCAAACAAGGUUUUGUCCAUUAUUAGAAGUGGGUUUGAAGCAUAGUUUACAUGAAUGCUGAUGUCUAAGUAAUAUGAAAAGCAGAAUAACUUAGAGAUUGCCAGAUGAGAUAUUUUAACUUUAACCCAGUGUCUAACACUGGACCUGCCCCUGCAGUCAUGGCUGCCGGAUUCUUCUAUAAAGACGUCUGUUUUCACAACAAAAGACCAUGCAAUCCUUAUCACUGUUGUCAUCGGUGGGCUUCUUAUAUCGCCAUGAAUACCAGUGUUAAAUUUUCACUCACUCUUAAUGUUCUCCUGAUGAGUCUGGUUUUGUUUUGCACGCUUAGGAUGGACUUUUAUUGAGUUUCCAUUAAGAGCUCCUUUCACCCUAUGGUAAGGCUCUAAAUGCUAAUGCCACAGUUUAUCUGAUUAGUUGAUACACUUUACAUAUCUAUCAAUCAAACAAAUGUCAGUUGUCCAUUUAUGUUUAACCAAAAAUUGUGUCAUUACUCAAAAACUAGGAGCAAAGACUUUUGCUUUGGGGGUUUACUGGAUUUUGUUGCUACAGAAAUUGCUUGUGAACUUAAUAGAUAAAACCAAAUCCUCCCUUUCCAGCCCUCAUCUGAGACUUUUUGGGAUAAAACUGUCACCACUCCCUGAAUGCCUAACCAAUAAUCUGCAUAUGGUUUUCUAAAAAGGUGAAGAACUACCUCAGUGCAGUUAUCUAUUUUAGGUUGGUAUUCAAGCUGUUUCUAGUCUGUUUUUGUAGGUCAUUGGAGUGCAUACAUAUUGUACUGUAUACACACAUGCACACAUACAAACACACACACACUGACAUUUUCUGUGAACUUGUAAGGCAAACUGGAGAAACAAAAAAAAGAAAAAAAAAAAGAAAAAAACUAAAUUUGUGAUUGUAUUUUCCUUCAUGAAAAUGUGUCUAAUCUGACUAUUGCCUCUGUUCUUUAUUGAUUUUUUCCUCCCUCUCUUCUCUUUCCCUCCCCUGUAACCUCGAGUCCUUUUAAACUGAUGUCAUGACAAUUUGGUCGUCACGCCUGGUUGUAGCAGUUCAAAAGUCACCUGUCAGACACCUUAGAGAGCCGCUGCUCUCUGGGAUCUCUCCAAACACUGACAAACCCCAUCUACCAGCUAUGUGACAUAAAAGUGCUGAUAAUGAAUGUCGGAUCUACUUGUAAAUGCUUUACACUUGCCUGGUUAUGAUUGGAGCAAAUUCGACAUCUUGAAGAGCAGUGCCUGUACAUUUUAGUUUGUUUUGUAGUUUUAUUUCCUUAUUUUUGCAUAGAAAUUGACUUUUUUUUUAAUGAAGCAGCAACAGCUAAGAGGAAUGUUAACAGUAAAAACUGGAUUUUAGUGGGAAAUAUAAUUGUGUGUAUGCGCGUGGAUGUGAAUUUGUAUGUCUAUCUUUGUGAGAUCCAAAGUGAAU